AUGGCGUCACCAAGGUGGGCUGCAUUGGCGCGGGACACAAACGAGACCAAAGUGAAGCUGGCGCUGAGCAUAGACGGCGGCGACCUACCGCCCGACACUCACCCCAGCCUGCUGGAGGCUGCUGCCUCUGGCCAUGCAUCCCAAUCGAGCAACUCUCAGAAAAUCAGCAUAAACACUGGCAUUGGCUUCUUAGACCACAUGCUGCACGCUUUCGCAAAACACGCAGGCUGGAGCCUUCUUCUCACCUGCCAAGGCGACUUACACAUCGACGACCACCAUACCGCAGAAGACGUGUGCAUCGCACUUGGUGACGCCUUCAAGACGGCCCUGGGCAGCGCUGCUGGCAUCGCCCGCUUCGGCUUCGCUUACUGCCCUCUGGACGAGGCGCUCUCGCGGGCCGUCGUCGACGUGUCUAACCGGCCCUUUGCCGUGGUAAACCUCGGUUUGCGCCGCGAGAAGAUCGGCGACCUUUCGUGCGAGAUGAUUCCGCACUGCAUCAUGAGCUUCGCCACGGCCGCGCGCCUGACCAUCCACGUCGACUGCAUCCGCGGCGAGAACGACCACCACCGCGCCGAGAGCGCCUUUAAAGCCCUGGCUGUCGCCGUCCGCACCGCCGUCGGCAAGGUCGCGGGCAGGGAGGGCGAGGUCCCCAGCACCAAGGGCACGUUGAGCGUCUAG